AUGGGCUCUCAACCCGAUGCUGGCACGAGUGCCGACGAGGACGACUACAUGAACAUGACCUUUGAGGAUACGGCGUCGUCCGCGACGACGAAGAACGAAACCCUGACGCAGCGCAAGAAGCGGCUCGCGCGAGAGGCCGAGAUCAAAGGCCGGCCCAAGUCCAAGGCGGAGCUGGCGCAGGAGGAGCGCAAGAAGCGGGAGGAGGCGCUGAACACGACGACCCUCGACACGAGCAACAGGGGGUUCAAGAUGAUGGCCGCGCUGGGAUAUAAGCCUGGGACCGCCCUGGGCGCGGCACCGCGGACGACGACUGCGGACGGCAGUGGCGGCGGGAAGGACGAUCGUCUUCUCGAGCCGAUCGGGCUGGAAAUGCGCGAGUCACGUUCCGGAAUCGGCGCCGACGCGGAGAAGAAGCGCAAGUUUAGAGAGGAGGUCGAGGCGCGGCAGGAGGCAGAUAAAAAGAGGAAGGUCGAGGCGGGCGAGUUCCGCGAACGGCAGCAAAAGGAACGCGAGGAGAAGAAGAUGGAGGGUCAAGUCUGGGCGGCCAUGAAGGUCUGCGAGAGACUGGACGAGGAGGACGAUCUAGAACAGUCGGUCGACGGCAAGCCUGAUCCUGCACGGAGGCCCAGAAGGUCAAAGCCGCUGAAGGCCGUCAAUGUCUUGUGGCGCGGCCUCGUCAAGCAGAGAGCCAUCAACGAGCGUGAUCGACGGAUGAGGUAUGACCUCCACCAGUCUCUGUCGAGACGGCCCGACUACAUCGACCCCGACGAAGAAAAGGAGGAUCAAAUGGCAAUGGGGAAGAAAACGGAAUUGGAAGAGGUCGACGUCGAUCUCGACGAGGAAGACGAAGAGCUCAACGAGUUUGAGACCCUCGAAGUAUCGGAGAAGGUGUCAAAGCUCGUGGAAUAUCUGCGAGAGAGAUGGCAUUAUUGUUUCUGGUGCAAAUACAGGUAUCCGGACGAGAAGAUGGAAGGGUGCCCCGGCACGACGGAGGAGGAUCACGACUGA